AGCCGCUUUUGCUCGCGCGCAUCAAUGGAGCGAGGGCUGCGCCGGCGGGGCGGGUUUGCGCGGCUCCCUUUCGCCCUCCCGCUCCUGCUGCUGUGCAGUGGGGCUGCAGCCCCCCAGGGGCCGGCGAGGACCGAGGUGCCCGCGCCCUUGCUUUGCAAUGUCAGCUUGGACAGCCCGCCCGAGGAGCGCUGGCUGCCGGUCCUGCGCCUCCACUUCGACCCGGCGCUCCUCCGAGAGGCUUUCGUGCAGCUCAUAGACCAGGUGGUUCCUAAGUGGGUUCAUGCGAUUAUCCGGCCUCUGGCGGAAGAAAUAGAAUCCUUUGUCCCUCAGCCGUUUGCAGGCGAGAUCCGGGGACUCUGCCAAGCCCUGGGGCUGAACGUUGGGGAUGGCUUGCUCCUCAAUUUGGCCUAUGAAAUUACCACAUACUGCACCAGUAUCAUCGCUCAGGACACUAAUGGGAGCAUUUAUCAUGGUCGGAAUCUAGAUGCACCGUUUCUGGACAUUUUUCAGAAGACAACCAUAAAUGUGGACUUUUUAAAGAAUGGGCAGGUAAAAUUCAGAGGCACUACAUUUUUCGGCUACGUUGGUAUAUGGACAGGACAAAGUCCAUAUAAGUUUACAUUUUCUGGAGACGCAAGAGAUCGUAGCGCAUGGUGGGAGACUGCAAUUGCCACUUUCCUGAAUCGAAAUUCUCCGGCCAGCUGGCUGGCCAGGACCGUUUUGAGCGAAGCUGAGACCUUUGAGACCGCUGCUCUCAUGUUGUCCAAGACACCGAUUAUAGCAAACGUCUACUUCAUCAUUGGGGGAACGAAGCCCGGGGAGGGGGCAGUCAUUACGAGAAGGAGAAGCGGUCCAGUAGAUAUUUGGCCCUUGGAUCCUCUGACCGGAGGGUGGUACCGGAUAGAGACAAACUACGAUCACUGGACAACACCUCCUCCUCUAGAUCAUCGAAGAACCCAAGCCAUGAAAGCGCUGAAUGCCACCGGACAGAAGAAUAUUAAUCUCGAGUCUCUCUACAGAGUAUUAUCAGUCUAUCCAGUCUUAAAUGAGGGAACAGUUUACACCACCGUAAUGAGUGCUGCAACCCCUGGCAAGUACAUGACACGGAUCAGGAACUUGGUGUGAAAACAUAUCAUGGAGCAAUUUGUGGGGGGGAAACGGGCUUCCCCCACUGCAUCGGUGUGGUAGAUGCUAUCCCAGGACAAAUCAGAUCAACACACUAAUAGGAAAAACCAUCAUUCCAUUCCCAUUACAAGGAACAAAGACACCAGUGUAAACUUUUUAUCAGUCUGGAAGUUAGCAGGAGUGGCGAAAACCGCGAUGCCUUCAUUUCUGCAAACUGCACCUUGCCAAGGAAAUGGAUGUGGGUAUUUGUGUCUGGAAACCCUGCUGUACCAAUUCACGGCAAACACAUACCUCGGAGAAGAAGGGGUUGAUGGAAUCAUAGAGUGCGCCCC